AGGCUAUAAAGGCAAACAACAAGUCGACAGGUGCUCAGUCGAGCUUGUACCCUUGUAGACACCCAGUGAGACUCUGAAGAAUCCUACUCCUUCUCCAUCAUGGCUCAAAACCUACUUCAGCUCCUAACAGCACUGUUCCUCUGCUUCAACCUUGCCUCUGGCCAAUUGGGAGGCGACUUAGGUGGCAACCCGGGAGGCAACCCGGGAGGCAACCCGGGAGGCAACCUGGGAGGCAACCCGGGAGGCAACUUGGGAGGUAACCCGGGAGGCAACUUUGGAGGGUGCACAUACAAUGAUGAAUGGCACGCCAUUGGCACUAAUUUUGCGGCCCAACUUAGCACUGGUGGCCCACCGGAAGGCAAUGCAGUUCACUAUCUGUGCACUGGGACUGGACUGAUCAUGCUUGGAUGUGCCCUUCCCUCUACAUCUGGAAAUCCCGAGGAGAGUGCCGUUUCCUUCCCAAUUGGAAGUAAACGGUUCUUUGGUUGCGAUGAGUAUGAGUGUACAGAUGAACUCGGAUGGGUCUCAACAGGAGUGACGGCCGAGUCUUGCAUUACAAACCCCCCACUUGAAACGACAACAGCUGGUGAAAACGGUGAUUCUACAGUCGGUGGUGGAUCAACAACCUCUGAUAAUGAAGAUUCUACAGUCGGUGGUGGAUCAACAACCUCUGAUAAUGUAGAUUCUACAGUCGGUGGUGGAUCAACAACCUCUGAUAAUGAAGGCACUACAGAAGCCACUACAGAAGCCCCAGCUUCAACAACACCUGAUGAAGAUGAUUCUACAGUCGCUGACGUAACAACAGUCUCUGAUAAUGAAGGAACCACAGUAUAAGGAACUGAUUCUGUCCUUGUUCACUAUCAACUGGGCAGUGAAGAAAAUGAUGGUUUUUGCAAGAUGUUACUGAAAAUCCACUGAAUUGCUCUACACUUUCCACCUCGUUAUGGACUCCGUAUACUACAAAGAGCCUUUAAAUUGAUCUUCCUAUUAGCAAAUCCGCUCUUAUUCACACUUAGUCGGGAAAACGAAUGAACAUUCGUACUGCUGACUGCGCAAUAAGUUUUAUUACACAGACUAUUUAGAAAAAUAACUUAACAGAUUACUUUUCAUAUUGCAUACUACUAAGGUUUGAAAUGAACUUAGUUCUGUUCAUACAAGUACCAUGUUAUGAUAAAUAAUAUCUAAUUAGUAUAUCAAUAUUCGUAUAUAUAUAUGGAUAAAUUAAAAUGUCAAUAAUCAUACUGCUAUCAUACUAGAUAUUUGCCAUUAUAUUGUUAUUCUAUCCAAUAAAUUUGACUAACCAA